AUGCUGAACGUCGUGGAGUCUGGAAAGCUUGUUCUAACCUUUCAAUCGAUCCCGCCGUUCGUUGUCGAAAGCGUUUUCGCACUGACUCUGGCCGUGUUGCUCGCUGUGCCUUUGAUCCUUCAAGUUCAGCAUUUUCUAGAGAUCUCGCUGAAGGCUCGGUCGAGGAGUUCACCGGGUCGUCGAGCCAACGAAGGAACGGUGCGGAGUCAGCCCGUGGUGAUGCACUAUCCGACAGCGGUGUUCGUCGACUCUGAUUCCAGCCUGAGCGCGGAUCUACAUUUGGAAACGGUCCGUAGGACCAUUUCCACGCCGCUGUUGCAGGCGAGCGGCGACAACGUCAGGAAUCGCAGGGAUCUGACGACGGGACCAAGUCCUGCUGAUAAAAAAAUGAAGAUAGAAGCGACGAGGCGGAACGAGAUGCCGCUGGAGCACUCGUCCUCGUUCAUCGUGACCAACUCGGAGCUACCGAUCGUUGACAUAUCCGCGUUCGAUUACGACGUAUAUCGGCACAAGCUGAUAGAGACAGCGCUGAGGAAACAGUACGACGACUAUCAGCCUCCCGGUGAUGUUGUGCUAAACUCCAUUCAUCUGAACACCAAUGACUCUACCGUUGCUGUGCGUUUGAACGACCGUUAUCAUCAUAGCGUCUUUGAUUUCGUCGAGGAGUACUAUGAUGCUACUAAAGGGAUGAGCAAGAAGGAGGCUGAGUAUCUACACCCGCUGGACCAUUUUUUGGUGAAGGGAACGCAGAAAGCGGAAACAAUGGAAAAGGAGACGGAGACUAGAGGUGGGGAUACGGCUCGGGAGUCGAGCGGUCAGGAUGGAAAGUCACUGAAGAUUUCGUUUUGUGAUGACGGUGUUGUGAAGAGGAAGCAACGUGAAUCCAUCAUAAAAAACCGUUCGAGAACAGCGAAGUCCAGGCCAUCCAACGUCGACGCUGAUCCGGUGUCUUCGAAACGGGCCACGUAUCCUGGCUCAGCGGCUAGAAAAAGCGCCACGAAGUUUUCGAGAACCGCCUCGAGCACAGACUCGGUUAGCUCGAAGCGAGACACGUUAUCCGGGUCACCGAGACGGGACAACAGGCAAGAAACCGUCUCCUCGGUCGACGGUGCGGAUAGGGAAUCGAUCAUCUGCACCACGAUCAGCUCGAUCGACUCCGAGAGCGUCCGCAGCGAGUCGAGCAAGCAUCCAGACGAUCAAUCCUGUCACUCCCGUGACUCUUCGGUCGUUUCCAAGCGUGGAACGUCAGAUCGUCCGCAAUAUCAACCUUUCCUGGUUGGUGGUUCGCGAGCGUCCUUCAAUAGAAAGUACGGGAAUCCCAGCGUAAGUUCGUGCAAGACGUACGAAACAACGAAAAAGAAUUCUUUGAGGAAUUCGGGAGUCCUGUUCAAGAAGGAAUCCAGCAGACAGUGCGUCCCCCCGAGAAGUAGCUCUAUGGAUAGCCGAGAUAACCUCAAAUUAACUUCGCUGGCCAGGAUAAAUUCUAGAAGCAACGAGUUGGGGAAGUUGGAGCCUAUUCGAAGCGAGACUGAAGAAAUGAAAACGGUCGCGCCUUUGACAGUGAAUAACCCAAUGGUUAGAAGGCUAAGUAACGAACCUUCGACUCGUCCGAGUCGUUUGUCCUCGAAAUCCGUGACCGAGUCGGCGCCCAGGGGUCAAGUACCGGAAUCAAUCGUUUCCUUCGUCGAGGUGACUCAACAGCCUCCAGUAGAACCGCAGUUCGCGACCGUUCGCCGAACUGGGAGAUCGAAGACUGAGGUAGUGGACCGCUCGAAGUCGCCAUCGAAGCAGAGCCAUUCGGAGAAAUUCGCGAAACGCUAUCGCGAUAGAAUACAGCGAUCGCGGACCGUCAGUCCCGCGAUAGCAAAAGUAGCCACGCUUAGUCCGAAAGAGGAACUUUCAUUGGAGUCGUUUCCAGAGAAACAACAAUCCCACGAAAAUUCUCCCGUGGGAACCAGUACGAAUAAACGUGUCCAACAGAAGAGAGAGUCGACGAAUGAAAACUCGGGAAGAUUCAGGGGGGCCGAUAAGAGGAUGCAGGAGAACCGACAGAUGAAAGGAAACGCAAAGAAUUCGUUCCAAAGGAGACAUACUUCCGAUGUGCUUAGACGUAAAGAGGAAGACAGAGAGAGUGUUGCAAAAUUAUCAGACGAUUCCAGUCGAUGGAAAGUUGCUUCAGGUAUAAAACAAUUGAAAUUACCGAUCGCUAAGGCUGCCAGUAAAUUAUCCACGAUUUCGAAGCCUUUGCAACAGAAAGUCGAUUCUAAAAUCAGUACCAGUUUGCAAGAUAGUGUGAAAUCAAUGCCGGUAAGGUCGAGUACGUCUCCUUCGAGCAAGAGAAAAAUUUCAAGGAUUGUGAACUCGGGGCGAACAAGUGGCAGUCGGUCAACAGCGAAAGAAAACGGCGUCGAUGAGUUGAAAAUACCCUGUCGUGAUUCGAAAGCAGGUAUAGCUAUGCAGGCUGGACUGAAGAAGUAUAUAAAGAAAUUAAAACACGUGUUGUCCGAUCGUGAUAACACUGACAUCGGCGAGCUGGCCUCGUUGAGCCUGACGGACGCCAUUUUACCGGAAAUAGAAGCGACCCUGUCCUCCGUCGAGGUGCAGCAAGUGCAGACUGUGUUGAGUAUGGCGGAGAAGGAAUCUGAGUUGGGACAGAAGGAUUUAUCCGUCCGCAUGGAAAAUGCGUUAUGA